UCCUGCUUCCGGUUCUGUGAGAGGAAUUGGUCAAGGAGGGGAAAACAGUCGUCUUUUUGAGCAUUUCUUGAGCGGCAGAAAAAGGUUAUAGUUGGCCAGGAAUGGUUGUUAAGGUUGCCAACCUUUCAGCUGGCUCCUUUUGAGACAUUUUGAUUUGCAGCCCCAACCAGGCAGCUACCGCUUGAAAAGUUUCACUCGCUGUCGCCACUCGGCAUAGCAGAUAGUUUUUAACGGCUCAAUAGCGCGCUGCUGUCGCUGUUUCUGUCGGUACUUAUAGUCGGAAGGUCCUUCCGGGGGCCUGUCAGAAAGAGAUUGCUGGCUUCGGUGACCAAAGUGUGGCUUGUGACGAGGUUCGCAAAAUAACCUGGCUAAUUUGUAUCUCAGUAUCUUUAGUAUAGGUUUAGCGCGUUAUGCAGACUUAAGCUAAUUAAUGUAACUAUGAUUCAGUAUUCCUGGAUUAACAUGUGGUGCGAAUGGAGCAAGAAUGGAUAAAAUAGCCCUCUUUGACCUAGCAUCCUCUCUGUGUCUUGAAAUAAUGUGAAAAAUUAGAAUAAUGGGAGGUGGAUAUUUAAGGACUAAGUACAAUCAUUACUGAAAUGUAGGGAAAUGCUACAGUAUGUGUUCAGAGGACAUUAUGAUUUUUCCAGAGUAAUUGAAAUGUUGAGGGUCAGAAUUUAUUAAAUAAUGGCUGGGCUAUAUAUUUCUCUUGCAAAAGAGUUAAAUUUUUCUUUUUCUUUUCUGUAAUUCAUUGCUGCCAGCCUGUGGUUGUUCAGAGCUGUGCAGCCCAGAUAACAUGGCUGAUAUUUCUCUUUAUUUUUAAAUUGUAAGUGUGAGGAUGGGUGUAUUCAUAAAGUUUGUAAACUUUCUAUUGACUGUUUUGCUGAGGAUGUUGAGAUUUGUUAUAUGUCAAUUUUGAUAGCAAUAAUGUUCUUUGGAGAAGGACAAAACUGGUUAGAAUGAAGUAGUUUUUAAGCAAUCUAGAAAUUUUAUAGAAAGAUAAGGGGUGCUGAGGAUGAUGUGUGCUUUUUUAAAAAAAAGUGAAUUGUACUUUUUACAGAGAGAUAUUUGGAGUUUAAUUACCAUGGAAAUAGUAAACAGUAAUGUAAUAUUGUGUUGGCAGAAAUUCUGUAUCAAAAGAGCAUAAAACUUUAUGCAGAUGUAAGCUCCUUUGAGUUCAGUGCUGUUUGCUCCUAGAUAAGUAUGCAUAUACUUAUUCUCAGAGUCUCUCUUUCAGGAAUCUAAGCUUGGUGUGAUAUAAAUGAAACUGAAGGAUUAUAAGUUUAUUUGGAGAAACAAAUGGAAUGCUGUGCAGUUUAUUUUUUUUUUAAAGGAAGUAUAUUACUGUAUUGUGGAAGGAAUAGCUCUGUAAUACAUUAAUACGGUUAGGGUUAAAUAAUAGGAUCUUCUGGAUCUGUUUAAAUCUUUCUUCCCAACUUGGGCACCUUCCAGAUAUGUAGGCUUCAACUCCCAGAAUUCCCUGGCUAUUGUGGCUGUUGCUGAGAUGUCUAGAAAUUGAAAUCUUCACAUGUGGAGAGGGUCCAAGGUAGGGAAGAUUGGUUUAAAUAGAAAAUAUAUGCUAGGGGGAUGGGAGGCUAUUGGUAUGAAUCAGUAUCAUGCUUGUUGCAAACAUUGUUAACCAUCCACCAGGUGGCAAUCAUUGACCUUACAUGCUGAUAAACAAUUAAACCACUUUGACUGUAAUUUUCUGUUCUUCAGAUGCUUCCCAAAUGAGGUUAAAUAUCAAAUGCUUCAAUAUUUGUUGUGACUGAGCUGCUAGACUUGAGUUUCUCAAACAAGGGAAAUGUAGUAGCUGAUACCACUCAAAAUGAAGCAGUCAGGCAAUCUUGAAGGCACAGCUUUGUUUUUUAGAGUAGAUAAAGCUGGAGCUGUUGAUAAACCUCUUUUAUACAGCUACCAGAAAGAUGGGAUCUUGUGAUGAAUUACUGUAUGGAUAUGACAUGACUCUCCCUACUAGGUUUGAGAAUUGGUAGAAUAGUAAGAAAUUGAAGCAGAAUACUUGAACGCAGUUCUACCUACCAUAAUUGGUUCUAUUUUUCCCACACUUUUACAAGGAUAGAACUAAACACCUAGUAAGGAAGGUUGGAGCUGCCUAUAUAAUCAUCCUAUAAAUAUCUUUUUUUUUCCUAUAUAUUCUACUCUUUUCUCCAUAAUCUUCCACUUCCAGUCAUGGGAUUUAUUUCACCUGCUUCCUAUGUAACACAUAUCAGCCUCUUUGUCUCUGGCAUUAGAUAGAAUUAAUUUAAUAUCUUCUUGUUAGAAGAGAGUUGGCAUUAAUAGAAGGACUCCAGAGUUGGCAUUGUCUUGGAUUGUCCAUCUAAGGCUACAUGACACGUCAUGGCAAGAACUGUACAGCUGGAGCUGUCUACACAUACCAUGAAAAGAAAAAAGACACAGCUGCCUCUGGCUAUGGGACUCAGAAUGUCCGUUUGAGCAAAGAUGCCGUCAAGGACUUUGACUGCUGCUGCCUCUCCCUGCAGCCCUGCAAGGACCCUGUUGUGACCCCCGAUGGAUACCUCUAUGAAAAAGAAGCUAUCCUGGAGUAUAUCCUACAUCAGAAAAAGGAAAUUGCCCGGCAAAUGAAGGCAUAUGAAAAACAGAAGAAUGAAAAGAAAGCAGAGAUGGCAGAGUUGAGCAAGGCUGCCAAAGAGUCCCAGGUGAAGAGUUUCCUUGACAAAGAAUUGAGCAUUGUGAGCAAACCCCUCAAUCCCUUUGAUCGUCAGUCAGGAGACUCUCAACCAGGACCCAGCAGUGGAGAAAAGGCCAAACAACUACCAAGCUUUUGGAUCCCUUCGCUGACACCUGAGGCCAAAACCAAAGCCAUCCCAAAACCAGACAAGUGUGUGUACUGCCCCAUGAGUAGGAAACCACUGAAGCUGAAAGAUUUGAUCCCAGUGCACUUCACCCCUGUAGAUCCUAGUGUAGAUCGUGUUGGACUGAUCAACCGGCAGGACCGCUACGUGUGUGCCGUCACACGAGACAUGCUUGGAAACUCUGUCCCUUGUGCUGUGCUCCGUCCAUCAGGCUCAGUUGUGACCCUGGAAUGUGUGGAGAAGCUGAUCAAGAAGGACAUGGUUGAUCCAAUGAAUGGGGAGAAGUUGACUGACAAGGACAUCAUAGUCUUACAGCGGGGUGGCACAGGAUUUGCAGGGUCAGGCGUGGAGCUGGAAGCCAAGAAAUCUCGGCCUGUGAUGCAAGCUUAAUACAUUCAGAUGGAAAAGAAAAGGACAACUC